AUGGCUUUGGCGUUGCGAACGGCAGCGGGUCUGCGGGCCACGACUGGUGUGACCGCGGGGAGCAUGUCCAUUGCUGCCCGUCGCUUCUAUGCCACGGAAGAGUACGAUCUUGCUGUCAUUGGUGGUGGACCCGGUGGCUACGUCGGUGCCAUCAAGGCUGCCCAGCUUGGUCUCAAGACUGUGUGCAUUGAGAAGCGCGGCAAGCUCGGUGGCACUUGCCUCAACGUCGGCUGCAUUCCCUCCAAGUCCCUGCUCAACAACUCGCACCUCUACCAUCAGGCCCAGCAUGACUUUGCUCAGCGCGGUAUUUCCGUGGACAAGGUCGAGCUUGACCUCGACACCAUGAUGGGUGCCAAGGAAAAGGCCGUCGAACAGCUCACCGGCGGUAUCGAGUACCUCUUCAAGAAGAACGGCGUCGAAUACGUCAAGGGUGCCGCCAAGCUGACCGGUGCCAAUGACAUUGACUGCGACCUUAUCGAAGGUGGCUCCCAGACCAUCAAGGCCAAGAACAUUAUGAUUGCAGCCGGCUCUGAAGUGGCCCCCUUCCCCGGUGGUGCCGUCCAGAUUGAUGAGGAAUCCAUCGUUAGCUCUACGGGUGCCCUUUCCCUCAAGUCGGUGCCCAAGCGUAUGGUCGUCAUUGGUGCCGGUGUCAUUGGCCUCGAGCUCGGCUCUGUCUGGUCCCGCCUCGGCUCGGAAGUCACCGCCGUCGAGUUUCUGCCUUUUAUCGGUGGCGCCGGCAUUGACCUCGAUGUGGCCAAGAACUUUCAGCGCAUUCUCAAGAAGCAGGGUCUCAACUUCAAGCUCAACACCAAGGUCACCUCUGUCGACAAGCAAUCCGAUGGCACCCUCAAGGUGAACAUUGAAGAUGCCAAGAAGGGCAAGACGGACACCAUUGAAGCCGAUGUUGUGCUCGUGUGCGUCGGUCGCCGCCCCAAUGUCGAUGCCCUGGGUCUCGACAAGGUCGGCAUCAAGCUCGACUCACGUGGCCGCAUCGAGGUGGAUGACCACUUCCGUACCAAUGUUAGCAACAUCUAUGCCAUCGGUGAUUGCAUCAAAGGCCCCAUGCUCGCGCACAAGGCUGAGGACGAGGGCAUCAUCUGCGUCGAGGGCAUGCUUGGUGGCCACCCCCACAUUGACUACAACUGCGUUCCUAGUGUCAUCUACACCCACCCCGAGGUGGCCUGGGUUGGCCAGAACGAACAGCAGCUCAAGGAGGCCGGUAUCGAGUACAACGUUGGCACCUUCCCCAUGAGCGCCAACUCGCGCGCCAAGUGCAACGAUGACACGGAUGGCCUUAUGAAGGUUCUCAGCGACAAGAAGACGGACCGUAUUCUGGGUGUUUUCAUGAUUAACAAGACGGCCGGUGAGAUGAUCAAUGAAGCUGCUCUUGCCAUGGAGUACGGCGCGUCUGCCGAGGAUGUGGCUCGUGUUUGCCAUGCUCACCCCACCGAGGCCGAGGCCUUCCGUGAGGCCGCACUGGCGGCAUACUGUGGCAAGUCCAUCAACUUUUAAAUCUCCCGUCCAUUUCGUUGUGGUGCCCUUUCGCCCAUUUCGCACCCCACCAUCAACUGGGUUGAAACCAAUUUCAAAUUUCUUCUUU